AUGAAAUUUUUCCCUGCCUUCCUUCUGGACGUCCGAUAUCACUUGACAAAGUUAGGCGGUGGAGUGAACCAGCUAGGUGGGCUUUUUGUAAAUGGUCGUCCUUUACCUGACAUUGUCCGACAGAGGAUAGUUGAAAUGGCCCAGCAGGGGGUUCGGCCCUGUGACAUCAGUAGACAGUUGAGAGUAUCUCAUGGGUGUGUGUCAAAAAUUUUAGGCAGAUUUUAUGAAACAGGGUCAAUAAAACCUGGUGUCAUUGGGGGAAGUAAGCCUAAAGUGGCGACUCCCAAAGUGGUUGAUACAAUAGCUGCUUACAAGAAAGAAAACCCCACCAUGUUUGCUUGGGAGAUCCGAGACCGCCUACUAUCUGAUGGGAUUUGUGAUCAGGAUAACAUCCCCAGCGUUAGUUCUAUCAAUAGGAUUGUACGAAACAAAGCAGCUCAAAAAGCAAGGUAUUUCAUGAGUUCACCUAACUUCAACUGUGGAAGCCCACAACAACAGGAAUCUGUUAAUGUCACCUCUGUCAUUACGCAUGCGCCGCCUACAACCCACGACGGAGCACAAUCUCUGUUACGACCUUCUUACUCCAUUAACGGAAUAUUGGGAAUUCCUAAUUCUGAUACAAACGCAAAUUUAAAUAAAAGAAAAAGAGAUGACGGAACUGAUGCAGAUAACAACGACGAGCGUAACAUCAGUGGCGAACAGUCUCUCGAGGAAGAGGCAACAAAACGACAACGUACGCAGUACAACGGUGACCAACUUUAUACCAACAUGUGGCCCAAGUGGGAGAAACAGGAGGGCGACUUGAAAUCUAUAAUGGCAGAGUUACCGACGGUGGUACCCAACGGAUCUCCAUACUCCCUUCAACAGUUUGCGUCCGUCCAAGACCCGGUUUUCUCUCCCGUCGUUACGUCGACGGGCGCGGAACACUUCAAGCACGAUGUCUCGACUAUUGCCUAUGAUGGAACGAUCAACUCCAUCAACGCUCAACUACAGACAACAGCAGUUUAUUCGCCAUCUCUCGGCAAGUAA